AUGUUGGGCAACCUACUAGUGGUCAUGCUGGUCCAGUGGGACUCCCGCCUCCACACCCCCAUGUACUUCUUCCUCAGCAACCUCUCGGGCCUGGAGAUCUGUUUUGUUAGCAGCAUUGUACCCCAAAUGAUACAGGACAGAUCAGGAUCUGUGAACCAAACAUCCAUCACCCAAGUCAUCCUGCUCGGCCUCACCAGCCACCGAAGGACACAGAUUGCCCUCUUUGUGGUCAUCCUCAUUGCCUAUCUGUUCACCAUGCUGGGGAAUCUACUAGUGCUGAUGCUGGUCCAGUUGGAUGCCCGUCUUCACACCCCAAUGUACUUCUUCCUCAGCAACCUCUCAGGCCUGGAGAUGAGUCUUGUUAGCACCAUUGUGCCCCAAAUGUUAGCUCAUCUGCUUGAGGGGAGUGGGAGAGUUUCUCUCCAUCGUUGUGUGGCUCAGAUGUACAUUGCAGCUUCGCUGGGUAGCACAGAAGGGUUGCUGUUGGGUGUCAUGGCCUAUGACCGCUACUUGGCUAUCUGCUGCCCCCUGGUCUAUGCCGUGGCCAUGAGCAAGGGGCGCUGCAUCAUGCUAGCCACAGCUUCAUGGGCAUGUGGCUUCCUGUUCCCUGUUUUAUUCACUCACCCUACCUUGAAACUCCCUUUCUGUGGUCCCAACCAUAUCAACCAUUUCUCCUGCAACCCUCUGGUGUUAUUAAGACUGGUGUGUGCAGAUAUUCGACAAGUUGAGGUCAUCAUCUUUGUGGUCAGCAUUAUCGUCUUCCUUGCCCCACUUUCGGCCAUCCUGACCUCCUAUGGGCUCAUCCUCAUGUCUGUAGUGCGCAUGCGUUCAGGGACGGGACGGAGCAAAGCCUUCUCCACAUGCACCUCCCACCUGAUAGUGGUGACUUUAUUUUAUGGGUCCCUCAUUGCCCUCUUCCUGAGGCCUCAGUCAGGCCCAGACUCCGGCCAUGAGAAACACGUCUCUAUCUUUUACGUAGUGAUCACCCCCCUUCUCAAUCCAGUCAUCUAUACCUUACGGAACAAAGAUGUUCAUGCUGCAGUAGCAAAGGUUAUCUGUAGAAGAGCUGCUGAACCCAAGGGAUGAGGUCCUGACUUCAAGUGAUACAAGAAAUCAUGGUGGGUUGCAGGUGCAGAGAGCUUCAGAAAAUCUGAAGGACACUGUUGCAAAGCUUUUCUGUCAUGGAUAAAUGCGGGCACUGUUAAUCCAAGGGUUGUGACUUUGUAUUCCCUUACAUAAGUUCAGUUCAGUCACAGAAUAGCAGCUCAUUUAAGUGCCAAAGGAAAUGAGAGAUUCAUUCUUAGCCUUAUUAUCAGGUUAUGUUCAACAUGUGUAUAAUCUCUGUGUGGUGUACACACGUACAGAUCUCUAUGCACAUAAAGUGAUUGACACAUUGUGUUAAUUGAAUGUACAACAGUUCACUUCGUAUUUAUACCCUAUAUUUGAGGGAGCCUGUACCGACACUUGCACACACAUACAAAGCCAUUGGGCUCUUGCUACAAAGCAAAUUAUAGUCCUCAGAAUAGUUACAAUACUGUGCAACAGCUUUGUGGCUGAAGUUAUUAGCUUGGCUGGUGCCAUAUAUUCAGAGAUUGCAUGUGAAAAUCCAUACCAGGUUUGUAGAUGCACCUCGCCCCCCCAAAGCACUGGGAAUGAGAUGAACUGCACAGGGGUAGCCACGUUUGGAGUGGCUGACUCAUGAAGCAUCAGAAGGAGAAAACUGGACCUAUUUAUACAUCAUUGCCAGAAGGGAAGGCUUGGAUGCUUUGAAAGGCCCAGUGAAAAAGAUCAAUGGGCCAAACAGGGGGUUGAAUGUAGGAGGGAGGAAAGCAUAAAGUCUCUGGGGACACAAAAUUGACCAAGCCUUUCUACAUUUUGUGGUUUAUUAAAAUGUGUUGCUAAGUGUACCCAAUUGAAAUGUUUGGGAGUUCUGCUCUCAUUUUGUAAAUUCAUACAUUCAUACAUUCAUUUUGUAAAUCUGUAUAUCAUUUUGUCACUUUGUUAUCAACAAUUUUGUGAGUUACAGACUCUUCAAGAACCCAGCAUAAAGAUCUCCAUAAACUCGGUGGUCCAUUGGAUAAAGUCAAAGACCAUUUUCCAGAAGGAGAGACUGCCAUCUGCACUGUGGAUGGAUCUCUGGGCACAUGCAGAAGAAAUAUGCUAAACACUUAAAGGAUCUGGACAUCUUGGGGGUUUUUUGUUUUGUUUUUGUUUUUUGCAGAGCGGGGUGGUGGUGCUUGCUAGGGACUGUAACAAAUUGUAAUAUUAUAUUAUUGAGGAUAACU